AUGCCAGAUUUCAGAUCCCAUCGGGUGCCUCCGCUUCAACCGCCUGCGAAUAUGUCGCCCAGCGUACAAUCACAGGGAGGUGCUGUGCCUGGCAGUGCUUCCAUCAUGGGCCGAAAUGAUAGCUAUCCGGGAACAUAUACCCUCCAUCGCGGAUCCUUCCCACCGCUGUCUAGCCUGGACAUAGCCAGAUUAUCUCCUUACACGACCACACCGCGGGCUCUCGAGAGCUCUGUCGAUCGGAAUUCGAGCAUGUUGUUCAGCCAGCCUGGAAGUAUGCUAAUGGACCCAGUCCAGCAACGCUUGCCACAGCCCAUUGCAGACGCUCCGCCUUUCAACGAGACUUGCGCCCUUCAUACGAUAGUCUCGGGCAACCAGUCGAUGCCGAUCAAGCCCGAAAUCCAGGCCAAGAUUCACAAAGGGUUCUUUCAGGUCGAUGAAAAGUGGACUUGUUAUCGACGCAACUACUUCUCUAUCUCGUGUUCGUUCUCCCUGCACCCGUGGGCACAUGCUCCGCUUUUCUUGAAGUUUGCGGACCAGGCAGCGGACCCCAUUCUGGCCUUCUCCAUGUCAAUUUCGGCGAUUGUGAACGCACAGAUUGGGGAACCCCGAGAGUUGGUCCAGCAUACCCCUAAACGGGACAAGCAGUCGGAGAAAAAGCCGGAGAAGGUUGUUUUGCAGCCCUGCCAGCCUCCGCCACUGGUUCUCAACCACAGCGGAUCAUCCAAUAGCAGUCAGCAUGGCUUUCCCUUGACCUCUCAGUCGGCUGGAUUGCCGAUGGAAUACAGUGCCUACGCGGGUACUACCCAGCCGUCGCAACCCCCGACGCAGCACACCUUCGAACGCAUCCAGUUCCAGAAGGCGACGGCGAACAACGGGAAACGACGGGCCCAGCAGCAGUAUUACAAUCUGGUCGUCGAACUCUAUGCACAGAUCGCCGGUCCCCCUGGCUCGACGGAGAAUCAGUACGUCAAGGUUGCCCGGCGACUCUCGCACCCAAUGGUGGUCCGCGGCCGGUCUCCGGGGCAUUACAAAGAUGGCCGGCGCGAUAGUUCGACCAGCAUGGGACCCGAUGGAGGAAGCGGUGGCUCUGGCGAUGGGAGCGGAGGGUCUGUCCUACCUCCGGGAAUAGGAUCGGCUGCACGGUCUCACUUGACCCUUAUGCCGUACGACUCUUCUCAGCGCGGUGGGCCACAUUACGGCCGAGCCGAUUACCAUCAAAUGACAGCGCCAGACCAGUCACCGCUCAGUGAGAGCCCGCACAUAUCGUCAUCCUCGUCGUCUGCGUUUGAUAUUGGACUCAUGAGCGACAACACCAUGGACCCGAUGGAUUCGAUGAAGAGCACCUCCAGCAUGGAUUCGUACUCGGACCCGAGCUUUCCCCUCUUAGGCAACAGGAAGCCCGCGAAUCAGUUCCGCCAUCAGCUGCCCCCGCCCGCCUUUGAGUACGAUCCGGUCCCCAAGACCAGUGAAGAGACCGGUCACCCCUUCCCGGAGCCCUAUGAUUCGAUCAUGCACCUGGGGUCCAACGACCAGCAUGAGUCGUCGAGCUUUCUGAAACACCACCCUCCUCGAAUGCCCUCGCACGUCUAUCAUCACUCCACUAGCAGUAGCGGUGGUUACGACCCAAUCUACUCUGCCCGCAACGGCGAUAGUGGAAGUAAUUCCUACAGUCGUUUUCACAACUCGGCCUCCCAAAGCCUGUGCACCUAACAGAGCGUUUUCCCUUUCUGAUCUC